AUGGCCUAUACAACAGCUGCCUGGUGUUUAAUUCUGCUCAGGUGUGUCCAGUUUAGCUCACACUACUACAAGAAUGCGGACGUGCUGGCUGUGGGCGUGUGUGUUGAAGUGAUUGAGAACUCUGCUAUUGAGAGCGUCCUGGACUGCCGGCGCUUCCUUCAGAAAGUGGAGCUGUUACACCCCUGCAUGGAGCAGACCUUUGGGAAGGAGUACAGAGAACUGUGUAGCACAGGCUGCCAACGCCAGCUGGACACCAGCAGGUCCUGCUGGCAAGGUGUCCUGGUAGUGUCUGCCUUCAUCGAGCAGGUGGUGUUGAGUGUGGCAGAGACAGACCCUUCCCUUGCGGAGCUGGCAGUAAAACAUUGUGCACUGCUGAACAGGUUUGUGCGCACCUCCCCAGACAUGAGAAGGAAGGAAGCUCUGAAGGGUGUGAUGAGAGUCCUCCACUCCUGCAACAAGGAAUCAAGCCACCUCUACUUCAGAUUCAGUAUUAAAAAUUGUUCGGUGUGCCUCAAUCCUCUCGGACAGCCCUCCAGCCUCCCUUGCGAGCACGUUUUCUGUCUUCCCUGCCUCAGCAGGUGGUUGUCCCAUGGCAGAGCUUACUGCCCUGAAUGCAAGACGGAUGUACCUCCUAACCACCGUCCUGUAGUCUCUCCCCAGCUGGAGGAGGGCCUGCGUCAGCACGGGGAGAUGCGACAGCGAUGCAACUCCUUCUUCCUGGAGGUGGUGUCUCGAUUCUGUCUGUCCGAGGGCGAGACCCCAGGCGAGGGGGUGGUGAAGCUUCUCUUUUCACUCCUCAUCUCUGCUCAAGGUGAUGUUUUCCAGACCCGAGAGCUCACCCCUUUCCUGGAGUGUGUGGAUCGUAACCCAGUGAUCCGCUCUGUGCUGCCAAAACUACUGCUGCAUUACAGUUUGGACCAGGUGAAGACCCACAUGCAGCGCUACCUGCAGGACCUGGAGCAGAAUGUUCUGGACCAGGAGGAUCGAACGGAGCUCUACUUGCUGUUUGUCAACUGCUUCCAGGAUGCUCUGUGCAGCCCCGGUCAGCAGGGCUCGGAGCUCGGGCAGGAUCGGCUGCAGGACGACGCUCGUUUCCUGAGCAGGGUCGCCCGCAAACAGACCCCCAAGUGCCAGGAGGAUCCUGUCGAGUUCUUGCAGAGCGUGGCGCGGCUGCGAGUCUGCCUGGGAACUGCGGCCAGCUUACUGCACCAGGCCCUCUCUGGCACAGAGUGUGCCUCCCCCAGUCGAGUGGUGAGGGAGGGGUACCUGGAGCAGGUGAAGGCAGUGUUUGAGUACUCUGGGAAUGACUGGCACCGCAUCUACCUGAUGAGGGCUCUGGCUAGGCAGUUUGGGAUGGACUGCCUCCUGGCCCUGUUGAAGAAGCAGCACUGGGCAUUCCCUCCAAAGCUCAUUCAGAUCCAGAGUAAAACCCCAACGCAGGUGGACCGCUUUCUGUGUGUUGGCUCUCGCUACAAAGACCUGCGGCACGCCGUAUUCGUGGCACUCCUUACCCGGCAGACAGAGCACAUCACGAAAGGCAUUCAGGAGGGCUCCCCCAGUACCGCUUGUGUACUCCUCAGCCUUGCCCUGUUUCGUCAGGUCACUUGCCUGUUUGCACAUCAGGAUCCCCAGCAACACCCAGGACCACAGGAGACACAGCCACUGCAGGAGUUUAUAAGAGGCAGCCCCAGAUUUUGUUCUCAGGAACAGAGAGAUUUUUGCUCCGCCCUGGUGGCCAAUCAGCUGGGAGGGGCGGGGUCGUCCUGUUGCGUGGUGCCGGAGUUGUCUGCUCAGCAGCACACCCUGCUGGAGAUUAUUGUCCAUGCAGGGGCAGUGUUUCUGUCUGGGACCGGGCUACUGUCUCCACUGCAACAAAUAGCAACUCGACCUGAGACAAUGACGAACAUGUUCCUCCCCACCAUGCCUGAAGACAAGACCAGUGAGGCGCACCUGUGGGUUAAAGAGAAGGGCGCCUGGUACUCUUGUAUCAAUGGCCAUACUUGUUUUGUUGGAGAGUGUGGAAAACCUAUGGUCAUAUCUCAUUGCCCAGACUGCAGGGAACUAAUUGGGGGCAUCCAUCACAAUGCUAUUUCUGGUUUCACUAAAGCAAGCGGCAUGCCUGUGGAUCAGACCAGGACUGGUCAUAUUUUAGGGGCAGCUCAGAGGGGUGCCAUCGUGGCUUCUGACAGGCAGAUGUCUCCAGCUGCUUUCUCCCUGCUGAGACUCUGCACCCACGUCGCCAUGCUGCUGGGAGCAUUUCGGCACAAGAGGGAGAUCUCUGCUAUGAUUUCUCCAGCCGUGGGAAACGUGGAGCAGUUCCUGUGGAGACACAUUGAAAGUGACAUGGAGGCACUUGGAAGGUCACUAGGAAGGAACAUGGACGAUACAGCCGUCUGCGUCCAUCUGGUUAUCCACGCCUUCCUGAGUAGCACCGCAGACUCACAGUGCGGGGAAGGAGCUCUGUCCUCCAAGCGUGCCCGGCAGGAUUGGGAGAAGCUGGUCUGCGAUAAAGUCAUCACUCCAGCGUUACAGGCUCUGGAGAGGAAUCUCAGGCAAGCCCAGAAGGUGAUCAGUACUGAUGACCGGCUCAGUGGGAGUCCCCUGAUGAAGGUCCUUUAUGGAGAUCCCACGUCUAUCCUGGAUCUCCCCACCCAGGAGGCCACUGACCACUCAACCUUCUGGAGCUGUCCUGAGAGAGUGACCAUCGAGCGCUUCACUCAGAUCCUGGAGCAGGACAAAGGACAGGAGGACAGCCCAGUUCUGUGGCUCUUUCUAAAGAAGGAGCGUGUUCUCCGGCUGCUGAAGCACCUCCCAGACCUGGCCGCGCUGCAGACGGACCUGCUGAGAACCUUUCCUCUCGUUACGGACGUGGGGUCACAGACCAUCGGCCAGCUCCUGCAGAAGCUGCCAGCAGGUUACCAGAAGGAGGUGCUCAGGAGGAGAGUGAAAGUCUUCAUGAAGCUCUGGAACCUGCUGAGGACUGAGCUGGCCAGCAGCCAUGGUACGGAGGACCCCCAGGGGCUGAGUGAAGCAGACCUGACUGUGGAGAGCUCGUCUGCAUUCCUGUCCCUGCAAAGGAGAGGCCCAGGCUCCUGCUUGAGCACGCUCAUCGAGUUCCUAACUGAGACCCACAACAGCCUGGUGAGAAAGGCCAACCACCAGGCCAAGGAAGAUGACAGUGUGCCCCUGGAGGGGGUGUCUGAGAGUCAGCUGACCCUGUGUGACCCGGAGCGGGAUCUCCUGCCGCUGAUCCUCUCCCACUGUCAGUACACCCUGGAGAAGGGCAAGGAGACCGUGAGCCACUACGACAUGCCAGCCAUUGAGAGGGACCUCAAGCGCCGCUACCUGCAGGGCAAGCCAGUGAUCAGCGCGGGCACGUCUAAAUACCUGUACCGACAGCAGCAGGACUUCUCACUGAUCCUAACAGAGGUCAGAUCCAAGAUUGAACAGGAAGCCCUGAAGGGCUCUGACAGCGCUGCGGUGUCGACAGUGCUCCGCUCCUACAGCGACGUGUGUGAUGCAGUGCGCAUCGUUGAGACCGGCCUGCGAUUCCUGGGCAAAACCGGCGGGGAUCCCAAGGGAGAGCUCCUAACCUACCUCAAGGACACUCUGAGGAUGGGCAAGCAGAUCUCCAGUGCUGUGGGCAAGGCUCUGAAUGAGUGCAGGCUGGAGCACAGCACAUCAGUCUGGCAGCUGCUCACCUCUUGGAAGUCAGAGCUUAUGCUGAGGAAAGGAAAGGACCCCUUUGAGAGGCUCCCUGACCUGUACAGGGAGGGUCUAUCGGAGGUUGAGAAAAAGGAGCUGCACGGGUUCCUGGCCGUCACCGAUAUCAACACCUUCUGCUGGGAGCUCCACGAGAUCCUGCUGCUGAAGACCAACAACUUCAUCUCUGAGAACAACUACCAUGCACACUGGGAUUUGAAGUCCACCCUGGAGGUUCACCUCGAAGAGAAAGGCUCCCUCACUCUCCCGAGGCUGGAGUGCCUGUCUGAUGCCAUCACCCUGAAGAAGGGGGCGGAAAGCUGGCGCCUGGCGGUGGAGUUCAGGAGGUGACUGACCCGGAGCACCGCACUGCCGUCCUGUCUGGGAAGCAGCUCAGUCUGCAACAGCAGAUAAAGCGCCCCCAUGAACUUAUUUCUACCUAAAAAAUUGUUUUUUUUUCUUGGUUUAAUUUUGUUUAGUUUAUUCACUUUGUUCUUGCAAGGCCAGCACAUGUACAUCUCAAUUGUGAAAGCACUAAUACAAAGAGAGACCUAAGUGGACCAUACUCAAUACAAUAACAGUACAACAAUAAAGUAACUCCAAACAAUUA